AUGGAUGCCGCCGAUUACCACAAGAUCCAAGAAAGACGCGACGCAUUACGCAAAAAACUUCUCGGUUCCAACAACCCACUGGCUCGUCGAAUAUCGGUCACCGAUGCGAGGGCUGAGCAGGAGGGAUCUCCAAUAGACGAGGAUGACGAUGCUGUAAAUGAGGAAGCAUACGAAGGCACAUCGGCAGCAGCGAUGGACCUCAGGAACAAAUUCGCAUCCAAGGGAAAGAAAGGAAUGGAUGAGGGGAAGGAGAGGCCCAAAGGCAGGGGCAAGAAAGUCGAGAUCGGGCCGAGCGGACUCUCGUACACUCCAUUAGAGAACCAGAUACGAGAUCUUAAGAAGGCAUAUCCCGAUAAUUUGCUACUUGUAGAAGUUGGCUACAAGUACCGCUUUUUCGGUGAAGAUGCGACAAUCGCCUCCAAGGAACUUGGAAUUGCCGCCUUUCCUAACCGAAACUUCAUGAGUGCAAGUAUACCCGUACAUCGACGAUCCGUCCAUGUGAAGAAACUCGUCUCUCGGGGGUACAAGGUCGGAGUCAUUGGCCAGAUGGAGACUGCCGCACUGAAGAAAGUUGGCGAUAACCGAAGUGGUCCGUUUGUGAGGGAACUUCAGGCUUUGUACACUCCGGCCACGUACGUUGACGAAACGGAUUCUUUGGAUGACGACGAUGCCUUUGGGCAGACCACGACUCGGCCGCUCUUGUGCUUGAUAGAGGACCUUAGAGGCGGCAUGGGUGCUGAUGAGAGAGUCGCUAUUGGACUGGUCUCGGUUGUGCCAUCCACUGGGGACAUCGUGUACGACGACUUCCAGGAUGGCCAUAUGCGCUCCGAACUUGAGACGCGACUGUCCCAUCUCAACCCUUGUGAACUCAUUUUGCCGUCGAAGGGGCUCAGCAAGACCACGGAGCGCUUGCUGAAUAAUUUUGCUGGGAAUUCUAACGCUGGGGGCAGCAUCCGUCUCGAACGAAUAGCCAAAAUCAUGGACUAUACCUCGGCAUUCCAGCUGACCUCAGACUUCUAUUCCAAGAAGGAUGAGGGGAGUCCUCGUGCUUCAGAGAGCUUUCGCUCCGGCAAACUCAUGACUGCCAUUGCCGAGUUACCUCAGAAUGUCGUCAUUGCGUUGGCUCAUUGUGUUAAUCACCUUACCGCCUUUGGUCUGGCGGACUCAUUCUUACGCACCAAAUUCUUUGCCGAAUUUACAACGAAAGCUCAUAUGCUGCUGGCUGGUAAUACAUUGAGCAAUCUUGAAUUAUUCCGUAACCAGGAUGACUUCUCCGAGCGGGGAAGUUUGAUGUGGGUCUUGGAUAACACAAAAACCAAGUUUGGAUCGCGUUUGUUGCGUUCUUGGGUUGGAGGUCCGCUUAUCGAUCUCAAAGCUCUAAAUGAGCGUAUUGAUGCUGUGGAGGAACUCUUAUCGACAUCAAGUGCCGUAAUCGAGCAACUACGAACUGUUCUGAAGGGAACACCCGACUUGGUGAAAAGCCUUUGUCGAGUGCAAUAUGGAAAAUGUGCUCCUCGAGAACUGGCAUCUCUGCUCUAUGCGUUCAGCCGUAUUGCACGAGCAUUUCCUCCGUUUGAGCAAUCUUCAAGCGUUGGAUUCAAGUCGCAUAUACUGAACGAUAUUGUGUACUCUCUGCCAAGUGCGUUGGAGACCGUUACGCAGCUCAUGCAGCCCCUCGAUCUACGGAAGGCGCGGGACGACAAUAAGGUAGACCUUUGGUUAGACCCUCAGAAAUUCCCGGCAAUACAGGACACGAAAGAUUGUAUCGCGACCGUCGAAUAUGAGCUGGGGGAACAUCUACACGAAAUACGGAAGACUAUCAAACAACCCUCUGUCCAAUACAAAACGAUCGCGGGCAUUGAAUAUCUUAUUGAGGUCUCCGGAGCGCAGGUUAAGAAGCUGGUACCGGCUGACUGGUCGCGCAUUUCAUCAACCCGCACUGCUACAAGGUUCCAUACGCCACAAGUCAGACGGAUGCUGGAGGAGCGAGAGCGAUACAAGGAAAGCCUUACAGCUGAAGCAGAGAAGGCGUACCAGUCAUUUUUGCAGGAAGUGUCAGAGAACUACGACGUUUUUCGGGAUGUUACAAAUAAGCUAGCUCUCGCCGACUGUCUGUUAUCGCUUGCAAUCGUUGGCAAGCAGCAAGGCUAUUGCCGCCCGAGAUUUGUGGAAGAUGAUCGAAUUGACAUUGUGGAAGGUCGACAUCCCAUGGUCGAAGCCCUCAUGUCUGACCCUUUUGUUCCAAAUACUGUGACGUUAGGCGGUGAUGGACCGCGUUCUCGCAUCAUCACAGGUCCCAACAUGGGUGGAAAGUCCUCUUGUGUGCGCAUGGCUGCUUUGAUCGUCAUCAUGGCACAGAUCGGCAGCUACGUACCAGCGAGUGCCGUAACCUUAGGGGUGCAAGAGGCGGUAAUGACGCGAAUGGGUGCUUCAGACGAUCUCAUAAAAGGCCGAUCAACUUUUAUGGUGGAACUUUCCGAAACAAGCGAUAUUCUGAAGUCGGCUGCACCUAGAUCUCUUGUCAUUCUCGAUGAGCUGGGCCGCGGAACGUCCACUUUCGACGGCAUGGCUAUUGCGAGUGCGGUAUUGACCUAUCUCGUCCAAGACAUCAAGACCAAAACUUUGUUCAUCACACACUACCCGCUGCUCGCAAGCGAGCUGGAAAAGCAGUUCCCUACUCAAAUCGCGAACAACCACAUGGACUUCAUUGAAGAAGAUAAAUUGGAUGGGACAGUUGAAAUCAACUUUCUUUAUAAACUCACUGAAGGAUCGGCUCGGGGAUCCUAUGGUAUCGAAUGCGCUCGACUAGCAGGGAUACCGGAAGCGGUCUUGCAAUCUGCCACCAUUCGGUCGGGCGAGAUGCGCAAAGUGGUGGAACAGAGGACUGAAAUCAGCCGGUACGGCGGCUUAGCUCGUUUGACAGUCGCACAGCUGAUACCUGCAGCAGGCUUCGCAAGGACAUCGAACGGAUUAAACUCAAUCUUAAAGGAGGGAGCGACACAUAGUGCACCUGUUUGCGGCUUUGACACAAGAUAG